AUGCCCGUUGUUAAUGAGGCACUUUCAGGUAUAAGGUGGCCUGCAGUUCAAGCCAACAACUUUGAGGUUAAGCCGGCUAUUAUCGAAAUGGUGCAAUCUAACCAAUUUGGUGGGCUCUCCAAUGACGAUCCUAACGCCCACAUUGCUAGCUUCCUGGAAAUCUGUGACACUUUUAAGAAUAAUGGUGUUUCUGAUGAUGCCAUUAGACUGAGAUUGUUCCCGUUUUCACUUCAAGACAAGGCAAAAAGUUGGCUAAACUCUCUUCUGCCGAGAACCAUUACUACUUGGGAUGCUUUGGCCCAAAAGUUCCUAGCAAAGUUCUUUCCUCCUGUAAAAACAGCCAAGAUGCAGAAUGCCGUUACCACCUUUACUCAACAUGACAUGGAAUCGCUUUAUGAGGCAUGGGAAAGGUACAAGGAAAUUUUGAGAAAAUGCCCUCACCACGGAUUACCUGAUUGGCUUCAAGUGCACACUUUUUACAAUAGGUUGUAUGAAACAACUAGAACUCUGGUAGAUGCAACAGCAGGUGGAACUUUCAUGAGCAAGACACAUGAAGAGGCCUAUGAACUAUUAGAAGAUAUGGCUGCUAAUGCAUAUCAGUGGCCAGUGGAACGUUCAACACCAAAGAGACCAUUCAGAAUUCAUGAAGUUGACGCUCUCUCCGCACUCACUGCUCAAGUAGCCACAUUAUCUAAGCAGUUGGGUUCACUAACUACAAAUGCCAUACACACUGUACCGGAGGUAUGCGAGCUAUGUAGUGGAGACCAUGCAAGUAACGAAUGUCCAGUUGGCAACUCAUUUACUCCUCAUCAAUCUGAGCAAGCUCACUUUGUUGGAAAUUUCAAGCGGCAGCAAAAUAGUCCUUUCUCCAACACAUAUAAUCCAGAAUGGCGAAAUCACCCGAAUCUUUCAUGGAAGAAUAAACAAAAUGUGAUAAAGCCAGCUCCUGUCUUUCAACCUCAACAGCCUAAUCUUGCUCAACUUUCUUUUAACACAAGUCAGUUUAUGACAAGAAUUGAUGCUACACUUCAAAGACAAGAGACGGCUAUUCAAAAUCAAGGUGUGUCUAUCAGAAACUUGGAGGUCCAGAUUGGUCAACUUUCAAAAAUGCUCACUACACGUCCUCAAGGCUCUCUACGAAGCAACACAGAGACUAAUCCAAAGGAGCAUGUUAAAGCCAUAACUCUUCGAAGUGGCAAGGAGUUAAGCGAUCCCGUCGGAGUAGAAGUUGUUGAUGAACCAACGAAAGAAGAAGAGUUGCCUAAUCAAACUGAGAAGGAGCCUCUAAAAUAA